CACGGGCCGGGGCGGGCUCCGGAACCUUAAUUCAUCCAGGACUCCCCUAGGCCUAAAGCACUCCGGCCUCGGUUCCGGGGGGGAACGCGGAGCGGGCCGCGGGCGGAAGGGGGAGCCCCGCCGCGCGGCCCGCCGGGUUUGGGAUGGGCAUCUCCCGGGCGACGGGCUCCGCACCAAGAUGGCGGAGGAGAAGGACCGGGAAGGCACAGAGGUAAUAGUGGCAGAAUUCCAUAAGAAGAUCAAAGAGGCCUUUGAAGUGUUUGACCAUGAAACCAAUAAUACAGUGGAUGUGAGAGAGAUUGGGACAAUUAUCAGGUCACUGGGAUGCUGUCCUACUGAAGGAGAGCUACAUGAUUUCAUUGCAGAGGUAGAGGAAGAAGAACCCACUGGAUACAUUCGAUAUGAAAAAUUCCUUCCAGUGAUGACCAGAGUACUUCUGGAGAGAAAAUACAGACCAAUUGCUGAAGAUGUCCUUCUUAGAGCUUUUGAGGUUUUGGAUCCAGCUAGACGAGGGUUUCUGACUAAAGACGAACUGGUCAAGUUCAUGACUGAGGAAGGUGAGCCUUUUUCUCAAGAGGAAAUGGAAGAAAUGUUGUCUGCUGCAAUUGAUCCUGACUCAAAUUCCAUCAAUUACAGGGACUACAUCACAAUGAUGGUGAUAGAUGAAAAUUAAACGCUCCAAAGACUUAA